AUGGCCCCCGUACCUUUGCACUGCAGCAAAGCAUCACUUUUUGUGAAGCGUGUCCAGAUGUGUCCCACCCAGGACUCCAAAGCUAAGGAAAAGAAAAGAGGGCAUAGUAACGCGUCCAAGCUCACGGUCCCGUCCCUGGCAUCCUCUGGCCGAGCGCGUGGGCGCCCCAGAGGCCGCGUGCCGGUCCCCCAGCCCAAGUCCCCCCCGCUCUCCACCCCGCCCCCGCAGCCCGCGACAGCCCCGCAGCCCCGCAGCCCCGCAGCAGCCACAGGGGGAACCAAAGAGACAGAAGCCUUCCCAGCUGCCCGGACCACAGACGCCAACACCCCCCCGCCCCCACCACACGCCGCCCUCCCGCCUCCCGCGCCCCGCACAGCAGCCCACGACCGAGCGGCGGCAGGCGGCAGGCGGCAGGCGGCAGGCGGCGGGCUGCGGAGACUCGGCUCUGCGCGCUCGGGGCUGGCGCUCGCCUCCCCGCUGCCUCGCUCCCGCCCGCCCGGCCACACCGGCCCCGGCCCCCCGCCGCCGCGCGCGGAGCCCCCGGCCCGGGCCCCGGCGCCCCCCGGCUCUCGCCGCCCCUCCGCCCCUCAGCUCGCGGGAAAGCGGUCGCGGCAGCGGCCCGGCGGCAGCGGUGACCGUGGCGACCGCGGCGGCAGUGGCGGCGGAGGCGGAAGCGGAGGUGGAGGCUGA